AUGCCCCCUCUCACACAUCACAACAAGCUAAACGGCUAUAGAAACGGAGUCGCGCCAGUCAAGAAAGUACAUGCAGACGAAGUAUGGGCUAAGGUCCUGGAUCAAUUGGGAGUCGAGCUUUUGAGCGCACCAACAAGCUCCACCAAAGCUGUCAAGGCUACAACAUCUAUGGCGGCAUCGACUGAGGCGCAUGCCGUGGGCGCAAAAAUAAGAGCUACAUUCCAAGAUUUGCCUGUAGAAACACAGAAGGAGAUAUUUAGCUAUGCUUCAACGACCGAUCUAAUAACUCUCUCUCUCGUGUCGAAACUUUUCAGAAGCCUCGCUGCGGAGCGACUGUAUCGAAGCUUUCACAUAGUUUUCCCAGACGAGGACGAUGUUAGCACACAAAAGCCAAUCGAUGUGCUAGCAGCUGGCUUAGAAACAAUCGUUGCGAGCGACUAUGAAUAUGCCAAACAUCUGCACGAGAUUGUGCUCGAGCCGGUGGCCGCGGGCAAGAAAGGGGAGAACUCGUAUAGAUACUAUGUGUAUGAGCAGGGCUACGGAAAGUUUAUCAACACUUUGUUCCUACUUGUCCUGCGCAAGGCUCGGUGUUUAGAGAGAUUCAAGUGGGAUAUACGCGUGGAAUUAAGUCGCCCUGUCUUUGACGCUCUACACAAAAUCGAGGCGCUUCAGCAUCUCCAUAUCCGUUUGCAGUCUGGGCAUUCGACGUAUCAAACGCCUCCUCCUAUCACAACCUCAAGUACGAUUCACGUUGCCACUCAUCCAGUUUCUCUCCCUCUACCUCCACCACCACCGGGAUUUGGGCCUCCACCACAUAUGCACACCUCGUCCAAUGCUCAUAACAUAUACACUUCGAGUUCUUCGAAUUCCUUUGGUGGAGCGGCCAGUAAGCAUGGGUCAAAGUCAACCAGCAAAGAUGGGAAACUCCUCAUCCCAGCUUUGAAAAAGGCUCUUCCAACUCUUUCUGGCUUCAAACAUCUGAAGACAUUAGAAAUAUUGGACAUGGACACACUGGAUUACGUCAGUGAAUUACGAGCUUGUAUACGAAACUCCUCCUCUACUUUACAUACUCUCAAAUUGUCCUUCUCCGAAGCUCUCGCCAACAAAUCGCGUAAACCUCCCCCAGAAAUACACUCUGAAGAUGAUUCAGAGGUUGAGGACGAGUUUGGACAGGUCAUUCCUCUGGGCCCACCACCGCCAGGAAUGCCCUCUUCUACCCUUGAUGGCCCUACGAAAACAUUAAAAGCGCAAGAGGAAAAGAAGAAGCAGGAAGAGGUUCUACACAAGAUUCUAGGCCUUCCUUGCGCAAAAAAACAGAAACCCGGAAAGCCUGAUAAUGGUGAAGAGGAAAAGCGCAAGGAAAAGGCAGCUGCAGAGCUUGCUAAAAUCAAGGCUAGGUCCGAGGAUCCACGUGUCAGAUUCAUCAAGAAUCUUGGCCCUGUUGCUAAGAAAUUGAUGAAAUUUGUUGAUCCUACCGCAGACAAUAGCCCGGACGCUAAGAAAGUCCUCGAACUAAUUGAACGAGCAGCUAAAUUAUACACCGAAAGCGUAGAUGGCAGUCAACCGGGGCAAGCUGUUGAUAAAGAAGGCAGCCCAGAAGUGUCGCCUACGAGCUCUGCGGAAGACGACGUGGUCAUGAGUGGAGGUGCACCUGAAGAACCAGGCCUUUUCGACGCGCCGGCCAAAAUGAAGAAGACCGUUGAAGCAGAUCCAGGUGUGGCCAAUCCCGAGGACAUUGAUAUAGAGGAGCCCGAGGGCGAAGAUCUUCUAGAUGAACUUGACGCCGCUGCCACAGCAGAAGAUGAUGAGAGCGAAGCACAGAGCGAGUCCAUCGGCAUCGCCCAAAAUGAAGAAGCAAGUGGUGUCAUUAAGGACCCAGAAGUUCCAAAUGGCGGUGGCCCUCAACCUGUGACAGUUGCAAGACUUCCUACACAUCCCCAGGAACUAGCAGCUGAUAUCACCACCCGUCAACAUUUGUACAACCAGGCGGCUAUCCUUCGUGCCAGCCAUCUCCAAAUUCAAGAGGAGGCCGAUAUUCUUAAGAUUAAGAUGGAUGAGUUGAGAGAGAAGAUUCAGAACUCGGAGCCUACCGAUAUCGACUACGUGACACUGGCUCAGACUGAAGCUGAGUUUAAGAGAGUUGAAGCAAGAGUUGACCAGUUAAAUCGUGAGAUGGAAGAGCUCGGAGAUGAGGUGAUUGAGGCUGAAUACAACCAUCGUACGAACAACAACAAUCAUAUCUCGAAUACACGAGGAACAGCAACCAGUGACCACUUGGCACCAUCAAAAAACAGCGAGAUGAGCGAAUAUUUGAGAACCACUCGAGGUCUUGCAAUCCAGGAACUCGCCAUAUACUUAAUCCCGGUCAAAGCAAAUACUUUAUCGCGGGGUUUGGACCUUACCGUUCUUCGAAGUAUCACUCUGCUUAACGUCGGGCCACAAACAUCAAUCUGGAAUACACUGGCGAAAGAAAAUACCGUCAGCCCACUUCCUCUUGCGAAAAUCUAUACUGAUAAUGUGACUAUUCCAUUCCUUGGCUUAGUUGCUCAAUUACAGAAUCUUUCCGAACUUCUGAUGACGGAGAGACAGAAGCCAGGGCGCCCUGAACCUACUGCCAGCAAGACAACCGUCAAGAUUGAUCAAAUUCGCAAGGCCUUGAAACAUCGCGUCGCUAACCUAAAAGUGUUGAUGAUUGAGCAUGAUUUAAGCAGUUCGUGGGAUAUCGAUAUCAAGACCAUGAUGAUGCUCUGCCAGCGUGCCGACAAUCUUGAGGAGCUUUCCGUAGCUUUCAAUGCCAAAGUUGCUCACUCAUUCAUCCAAUUUAUGGACGAAUUUUCCUCACUUCGUGCUUUACACGUCAACUUCUUCCGCCAAGAUGACCAAUGUGUAUGGGUCAAAGCCAAUUUCGUCAAGUUCAUGGCCGAUAUUGUGAGCCAUAACCCAGCCAUGAAACUGGAAUACAUCGCCGUCGACCAAUCCGUUGAACGUCUAGUCCGCCGCUCAAAGGCAAAAGCAACAAAGAAGACCGACAGAAAAGGCAAGAGCAAGAGCAAGGGUAAAGCCAAGGUUACCGACAUGAAACAUCUUACCGAGAUGGUCUUGGGACCGAGCGGAAGCUGGCCCAGUGGCGCAAAUGGAUCCAGCUCCCCGAACAACACACCUGAUUUCGACUGGCAAGCUAGCUCUGAUGAGGAAGAGCCUGUCCCAUUCGUCGGUAAACAUGGUCUUAAGAUUGAGACUGUAGAAGGCGUCCACUUCACAGACGUGACCGGUGUACGAAUCUUCGAAAAAGAUGUAAUUAGCGGAAGGCUUUGA